AUGGAGGAAGUGUUGGAUGAUCAGCAGCCAGAAAUUUUAGGGAAACUGGAAAGUUAUGCAACAUCUGCCCAAAUUGCUCAUGAAUUGCAAGAGGCUGCACAAACUGAUGUCAUCUCAUCUGCAGCCAAUGGUAACAGUGUUUCCACAUCACCAAUGUUGUCAUCUGUGAGCUCGUCAAUGUCAAGUAGCUUUACAGAUGGAUCUACAAUUUUCCCCAACACAUCAGAGCCUAGUUCAGUGCCUAUCACACCAAUGAACCAAGCAAAUCCUAUGACGAUCUUAGGAACAGCACAAAGUAUCACCCAAUAUAUAUCUGAUAGACCCUCUGAUGAUUCUAUUACAUCAGAACCACAAUCCAGUACAGGUCAGGUGGAAACUCCUGUCAUCCCAAGAACAGACAAUUUUGCAGUAUCCACACCCACCAGUGUUGAACCAACCACAAGUAGCCUUUUUGGAUGGUUCUCAAGCAGUAGUUUUGUCUCAAAAGUUGUUGAAAAAACUAAAAGUUCUGUUGAAAUUAUGAUGUCAACACUUGACCCUCAAAUGAAGGAAUAUAUCAAAAGUGGGGGUGAGAUUGACAUCAUUGUAGCAUCAGCAAAAGAAGUAAAAAUUGGACCAGUAAGAGAGGCAAUGCAAGAUGCAUUUGGAUGUGCUACUGUCACUGGCCGAGGGAGUGAAUCAAAUGCAGCCACACAGCCUGUUGGAUUCUCUGCAGCAUUGAGAAGUGCCAGUGAAAGAAUAGCUCGUCUACGAGAAUCUGAAGAUAUCAGUGAGAAACAGACAAUUGCUGCCAUUGAAGGCUUCAUCGUUGAAUUACAGCCAGAAAAUUGGUAUGAAAUGAGUUGCCUGCUUUUACAUGAUCCUGUAAAUCAGAUAACUGUGAAUACAUUUUCCCAGCCAACACCAAUCCCUACAGCCUAUGUAUUGACAGCUCAGGAUCGUACUCCUUCAGAUUAUCCUCUUCGAUGGUCUGGUCUGGCAGUUACCAUUGGACAAGUUGUGGAGGAAGCCCAGCCUCAUAUUGGUCGAGCUAAUUGGCAUCAAGCACUAACUGGAGUCAGUCGACGGGAAACUCUCUGCAUGUCAGCAAAGAUGCUGGCUUACCUCUACAAACAGCAGUUCCCCACAUCCUAUAUUUCUUGA